AACUCGGUAAACAUCAACAGCAACGACAACAUUUGACAAAGUUUUUGUUCUUCUUUUUCUAAGCCUUUUUCUUUACUCAUCGCAAGGCCCUUUUCCCUUUGAAAGCUCUGUUGUAUUUUCUUUGUCGCAAUAUAUUAUAUCUCUCUCAUAAAAGAAUUUCUUCUCAUAAGCUUUAGGUUUUUGUUGGUGGCCUUUAACCUCAACCCAGAUCACUUUACUUAUUAUUUUUGGAGAUCUAUGGAGCAGCUUGUAAACUUUAUAAUACGGCCUCCCAGAGCCGAGUACAAUCCAGAAAGUGAUCUUUUAGAUGAAGAGUUCAUGUUGAAAGGGAAAUGGUACCAAAGGAAGGAUAUAGAGGUUAAAAAUGGAAGAGGAGAUGUUCUACAGUGUAGUCAUUAUGUACCCCUUGUUAGUCCUGAAGGAAAACCUCUUCCCUGUGUGAUAUACUGUCAUGGCAACAGUGGCUGCAGGGCUGAUGCCAGUGAAGCUGCUAUAAUCUUGCUACCUUCAAAUAUUACUGUUUUUACUCUUGAUUUUUCAGGAUCUGGGUUAUCUGGAGGAGAGCAUGUCACCUUGGGUUGGAAUGAAAAGGAUGAUCUGAAAGCUGUAGUUGAUUAUUUGCGGGAAGAUGGAAAUGUCUCUUUCAUUGGCUUAUGGGGGCGCUCAAUGGGUGCUGUUACCAGCCUAAUGUAUGGAGCUGAGGAUCCUUCAAUUGCAGGAAUGGUUCUUGACAGUCCUUUUUCGGACUUGGUCGAUCUGAUGUUGGAACUUGUAGAUACGUAUAAAUUCCGUUUGCCCAAGUUCACAGUUAAGUUUGCAAUCCAGUUCAUGCGGAAAUCUAUCCAGAAAAAGGCGAAGUUUGACAUAGCAGACCUGAACACCAUCAAGGUGGCGAAAUCUUGCUUUGUUCCAGCGCUGUUUGGGCUUGCUAUUGGUGAUGAUUUUAUACGUCCUCAUCAUUCAGAUCGAAUAUUUGAAGCUUAUAUGGGUGAUAAGAAUAUUAUCAAAUUUGAGGGAGACCACAACUCUCCUCGUCCCCAGUUUUACUUUGAUUCCAUAAAUAUCUUUUUUCACAAUGUCCUUCAACCUCCUGAGGAUGGGGUGGGGACAACUUUCUAUGAUUCGGUGCAUGAUUACUUUGGCAAGGGUAGUUGGGCAAUCCCUGAAGUUGGCUUUUUCCCAGAUUCUUCAGCUGCAUCUAAAGCAACUAGCACAACAGAUGCCAUUAAACAAGUUCGUUCUAAAAGACCCAUGAGUCGAACAGAGGUUCCUUCUGAUAAACCAUCUGAAGAAAAUAAUCCCAAAUGUCAGAAUAAAGAUACCACUGAUGGUAAUGGCUCGUCAUCAUCCGAUGUGAUAAGUUUUGAAUUGUCCAAUGGUCAUCCAUUUGACCCUCAUGUGCCAACAACCAUGGAUGAUGAUCAGUAUGUGGAAUAUCAACUCGAUGACUCGACAGGCUUUCCAUGUAAUGUGGAGGAAGAAGAGAGGAUGUUUAUGGAAGCGAUAAUCGAAUCCUUAAAAGACUUAGAUAUGCGACAUCCUCCUACAGAAGAGCAACCCAAGACUUGUGCCGAUUCUUCAGAGUCUUUAAGGGGAGAUGAAAUAAACAGCAGGGGUGCUUGUUCCACAGCAGAAAAAUGCAAUUCUGUUCCCCAAGAGUCCACUUUUUCUCAAGUGGAACAUCAUCAAUCCACCUUAGUAGUCAAUGGCUCCAAUGUUGGUCUCGAGCAAGCAUCCCCCGACACUAGCAUCUCGUCUUCGGGACAUGCAUUCGAUACACCUCCAUCGACCGAGGAAUCAGGGAGCACGAGUACCUCAACUCAAACUGAAACCUCGUCAAGUACCCAAAGUUCAUCCGAUGCUGACAUGUCAGGUAACACAAAAGCCACUGUAACAAUUGUACGGAACCCGUCGAAUAACAUCAUGGAUGGUUUGAUGAGUCGCUGGGACUUCUUUCGGGACAGUCGUUGAAAGUUAAAGAUGACCUUGUUUGAACAGCCUGAUGAUUGUAUUAUUCUUGUAACCAAGUCGAAGCAUAGAAUUUGUAGUUCUGUAAAAGAAAAAAAGAAGAAAAAAGAGAUUGAUUUGUCAUGUGCCAAGAAAUUUGGUUAUAGUGUCAUUGGCUUUCAUUGUCUAUUGUUUUUGAUGAAAAAAGAUGUAAUGAUUUUUCUGCACAAUUAGGGAGUUGUAGGCAAUACGCAUUACCAAAAAUUCUUUGA